CGUAGCUGUAGUUGCUGUAAAUAAAGCCAAACGAGCCGCUCCGCAUGGGCUCCAGUCUCUCUCUCUCUCUCCUUCUCCUUCUCCUUCUCCUUCUCCUUCUGUCCGACCUUAAUAUACCCUUCUCCUUUUUGCCCUAUUUUGUAUUGGGGUUUUAGAUCGAAUUAGUAAGAGGGGCGUUUUACACUUCUGAUUAUCAGAUUUGCUUCAUUCUCCAGGCUGAAUCCGUGAUCUUCGGUUUCAUUUUUGUGGUGGUGAUUCUGUUUAUUUGCGCCUGCGUUACAAGUGCUCCAGCUUCUUUGGUCUCCGUUGAGGGAUUGGUCUUACUUGUCCUGCAUCCAUGCCUGCGCUUCUCAAUUUGAAUGCAGUAUUAGGAGAUGAUGAAAUCCGACUCAGAGAAUCGCCUUAUGAGAAUUGCAUCGAAUCAAGCUGCCUUCUACCUUUUGCGCCAGGCAGUGAUAUUUACUAUCGUCCUUGCAAGAGGUUGCGAGUCACUGCCCCUUUUAUCAUCACCAGGGAAGAGAGGAAAGUUGCUUCUGUCUUUAAAAAGAAGCAGUUACCACGCUCCAUGGAUUCUCUCCCGGAUGAAUGUCUAUUUGAGAUCCUCAGAAGGCUUCCUCGAUUCCAGGACAGGAGCAUUGCUUCAUGUGUAUCCAAGCGAUGGCUCAUGCUUCUGAGCAGUAUUCAAACUUCAGAAGUUGUGGACGAGCAACAUAAGAGGAGUGAAUUAUUGAGAUCCUCUAUGAGUCCUCUUCCGGAUCUCAACCAAGCUAUUCCUUUUGAGUUAGAGAUAGACUCUAAUAUUGAGAGUGGUGGAUAUCUUACCAGGUCCUUGGAUGUUGAUGAAGCAACCGAUACCAGACUAGCUGCCAUUGCCAUUAGUGCUGCUGGUCAUGGGGGGCUUGGCAAGCUGAAUAUUAGAGGAUGCAAUUCAACUUGCAAGGCCACUGAUGUUGGGCUUUCAGCCAUUGGACGACUUUGCCCUUCACUGCAUUCUCUGACCAUGUGGAAAGUUCCGCUGGUUAGCGAUGCAGGGCUUGCGGCUGUAGCAGAUGGAUGCCCUAUGCUAGAGAAUCUUGAUCUUUCUCAGUGCCCCAGGCUCUCAGACAAUGGUUUGAUAGCAAUUGCACAGAAGUGCCCAAAUUUAAAAUCUAUUAAACUCGAUUCUUGCUCGGGAAUCGGCAAUGAUGGUCUUCAGGCUAUUGGUCGCUACUGCCAGAAGCUGGUUUCUGCUUCAAUCAAAGACUGCCCCCUCGUGGGUGAUAAAGGAAUCUCAGGCUUGGUGGCUGCUGCAUCUUCUUCGCUGAUGAAGAUAAAGCUUCAGAAUUUAAAUAUCAAUGAUGUGUCCCUUGGUGUCAUUGGGCAUUAUGGAAAAGCUUUAACUGACAUACAUCUUAUAGCGCUUGAGAAUAUCUCUGAGAGGGGAUUCUGGGUUAUGGGAAAUGCUCUUAACAUGGUAAGCUUGACUUCCAUCACAAUUUCCUGCUGCCCUGGCAUUACAGAUUUGGGCUUGGAAGCUAUAGCCAAGUGCUGCCCGCAGCUCAAACAUCUGUACCUCCAAAGAUCCUGCAACAUUACUGAUACCGGGCUUAAAGGUUUCACCAGAUCUACGAGUAUUCUUGAAAGUCUAAAACUAGAGGAUUGCAGUAUGAUCACCCUUCAUGGCAUUCUCGACGGCCUUCUUAACUGCAGUGCAAGGUUCAGGAGUUUAGCCUUGAUAAAGUGCACGGGGAUCAGGGACAUUACUUACUACCCGAAUGAACUACCGACAUGCUUGUCACUUCGGUUCCUAACAAUACGAGAUUGCCCUGGUUUCACCAGCAGUAGUUUAGCUGUGGUUAGUAAGCUGUGCCCCAACUUACAACAAAUUGACUUGACCGGCCUUGUUGGUGUGACAGAUGCUGGCUUUCUUCCUCUGGUAAAGAGCUCUGAAUCUCGGCUUGUUAAGGUGACCCUUGAAGGUUGCGUGAAUAUCUCUGAUGCCAGUAUUGCUGCUUUGGUGAAGGCACAUGGAAGUUCGUUAAAGAUGCUUCACGUUGAUGGAUGCAACAAGGUCAGUGACAAAAGCCUCUUGGCUAUUGUGGCAAACUGUUCAGUUCUUGAAGAUCUCGACAUCUCAAGGUGCAAUGUCAGCGACAUUGGGGUUGCUGCGCUUUCCUCUGCUGAGAAGCUUAAACUGCGGGUCCUCUCUCUUGCUGGCUGCUAUGGAGUGACAAAGAGGAGUCUUCAGUUCUUGGGAAAAAUGAAAAACUCCUUGGAAGGGCUAAAUCUUCAGCAGUGUAAGCUCAGCAAUGCCCAUGGGAUUGGCCUGCUUGAGGAGAAGCUUUGGUGGUGUGACAUCCUUUCCUAAUCAAUGUUUUGAAGCAGAGCAAGAAAGUACUAGAUUAAUUAAUAGAAUAAAAAAAAAAGAAAGGGAAAGUCAUGGUCAGCAGUGAAAGCUAGUUCUUCAAUUAGUUUUUUGGCUCUUCGCCGUUAUCAGUGUGAGCUUCUUCAUCAUCGCAAUCCUUUCUUCCCAGGUGAGGUCAUUCAGUUUGGAAGGAACUGUAGGCCAUUAACUUGUUUUUUCAGACUCCUAGGAGGGAGAUCUGUUCCGGGGUUUUUAGCUGCCAUCAUUUGGUGUUUUCUUACCUCGCUUGGCUUCGGUUCCCUAAGAUCAGAGUGCCUUACCUGCUUAUAAUAGUGGCUUGUGAUAAUUCUUCAUUAUUGGGUUUUUGAUAGGGUCUUGGUUAUGCAUUGUUGGAGCUGCGGGCGGGCCUCAUAAGCCUUUCUUUUGCUUGCUCUGGUGUUUCAACCAUGUCUCGUAUUCUCCAUAUUGGUCUUGUAACAUUCGUCAGGUUAUAUAUAUAUAGUGUCUGUCAUUCAGUUUGGUCGCUUGCGGCAGUUUUAUUUCUAUGCCUGAGUUCUGCAGGAUCUUGGUUGUAGCAGCUCAUUCCAGUGUUGUCUUGACGGGCCAUCUUUUGGCCCGUUUUUUUAACCAAGACCUGCUUUUACAGGCUAAUAUAUUGAAUUGUAGUCUGCGGCUUUUGCUUUAAACUUGUUAUGAAUAAAUUUUACCUUAUUGUCGAA